AUGAAGAACCCGAAAGCGAUAACGAAGGCGGACGAGUACAAGUUCACGCUGUCCGACGAGCUGCGACUGAUCGCCAAGGAAGAGCUGCGUGAAACGCAGGCCACCCGGGACCAUGCGCUCCAGAUGUUGCGCGAGUGGGCCGAAAAGAACCCGCGCAUUACCAAAAUACGAAUGGAUGCAAACUUUUUCCUCAAGUUUUUGCGUGCCAAAAAGUUUCAGAUUCCGGUCGUCCAGGAGAAUAUCGAGCGGUACGUGCUGCUGAAGAACGCCUUCGAGGGCGCGUUCAAGAAUCUCGACUGCCGGUUGCCAAAGAUGGCGAAGCUGUUGGACGAUGGAUACAUGUUCGCGUUGCCAGAGCGUGACCGCGAGGGUCGGCGGGUGAUCUUCUACCGGCCGGGUGUGUUCGAUCUGCGCGAGUACACCAACGCGGACAUGUUGAAGAUCCACGGCAUCUGCUAUGAGACGUUGACGGCGAACGAGGAGAACCAGAUACGUGGGUUCAUCCACGCGGGUGUCGGAAGCGGAAUCGGACUGCAGUAUUUGACGCUGUUCACCAUCAAGGAGGCGGUUAGGAUCGCAAAGAACGGAGAGAAGAUCUUGCCGAUGCGCCACCGGGAGAUGUACGGUUGUAAUAUCAACCCGGCAAUGAAGAUGGCGGUCGACUUCGGGAUGUCGCUCAUCUCGCAGAAGCUGCGCGAGCGGAUCCGCUUCUACACCGACAUCAAGGACAUCGAGCUAGAGAAGCGGCUGCUACCGAAGGAGUACGGAGGUGAGAUGCCAAUGGCGGAAAUGAUCCGGCUGUGGAAAGCCGAGGUGGAGGCGUACCGCGAUCGGCUGCUGGCAGAUGACGAGAUGUCGGUCAACCUGGCGAUGUACUCGGAUGGGGCGAAGGAGGGUGCGGUGCGGGCCCUCAAGGAACCUUUGAAUGGGUGCCCGGGGGCGAGCGAUAACUCGACGUACGGAUUGGCGGGUAGCUUCCGGAAGCUGGAAGUCGACUAG